AAAGCAGCUUCUAAACAGAGAGAGAUGCUCCUGGAAGAUGCGGGUAGUGAGGAGGAGCAAGAGGAAGAGGACGAGGCACCAUUCCAGGAGAAAGAUUCUGGCAGUGAUGAGGAUUUCCUAAUGGAAGAUGAUGAUGACAGUGACUAUUGCAGUUCAAAAAAGAAAAACAAAAAGAUGGUUAAGAAAUCCAAACCUGAGCGAAAAGAAAAGAAAAUGCCCAAACCGAGGCUAAAGGCUACAGUGACACCGAGUCCAGUGAAAGGCAAAGGGAAAGUGGGUCGCCCCACAGCUUCCAAGGCAUCAAAGGAAAAGACUCCUUCUCCCAAAGAAGAA